AAUUGUUUACCAUUUCCUUCUUCUGAGGGCAUUCUGGACUGUGUAACUUGUCCAAACAAGCUGGUUCUUCUGGAGGAAUUAAAACUCCCAGCCUUCAGUUCCACAGCCAGAUGUGUAAACCACUGAGCUAUCCAGACAGCAAAAUGUGACUGCAGGAGAUAAAAUACUGUAAUGCAGUUCUAGUGCAUAAGCAAUGUGUAUGAGAUUUCCCAUUGCAUUAGAAUGCCUAACUCUAUCAUGCUGUAACAAUCACCAGAUUAGCUGAAGGAGGUGGAGUGUCUGGCUGUGAAAUGAAGGCUCUGGUGGAGUUUUCCUAGCAAAGGAAGAGCGGAUGGCAGCAGGAUCCUGCGGGCUCAUCGGGGCUCCGCCACCCAGGUAGGUGGCCUUGGGAAAAUUGCAGUUUUCAAAGCGCCGCCAGAAGGAACUGGUCAACCGUGUCUGUGUAUUUUAUCCCUAGAAAACUCUGGGACGGUUGCCAGGGGUCAGAAUGAACAGCACGUAACUGUCAUUAUUAAUUACAUGUAAUAUUGUGCAAUAGAAGAUUUUGACGAGAGUUUAACGAGAAGGGCUUCUUCAUCAUCAUGUUUUCCACUGGGAAGUAUUUGUCUUGCAAAACUGUCCGGCAUCCCCUCCGUGCAAAGCUGCGUCUGUCGUUCGCCUUCGAGAGGCAGAAGACCGAGAGACCAAUCACCUCUGCACGCAAAUACUCUUGGACCGCGAGAGAGCCUCCAGCCUCAUGGGACUUGUAGUUUUCUAGCCGGAAAGUGGGCGGUCCUACCUGCAGAACCGCGAAAAUUCUCCCUCGCCAAGCAGCUGCGACUUGACAGCUUCAGUCAUGCUGUUCACGGCGUCUUUGCGCUGCCGGCGGUGGUGUAACCGAGAACACACAAGGCCAACAGAGCGCGCUGGAGGAGUGGAAAGGGCACUACAAGCCCCACAAUGCAACGGAUACCCGGGAGGGGAGAGGGGCGGAAGAGGGGAGGGCAGGCGGCCAGGCGGCGCCUGCGCAGAAGCCCGCAUCCUCUUCGGCUGGGAGGCGGCGGCGGCGGCGGCACGAUGCCCCGGGACAACAUGGCCUCCCUGAUUCAACGGGUGGCCCGGCAGGCCCGCGUCACGUUCCGCCCUCCGGGUGCGAAUAACAACAGCAGCGCCGGAGGCGGCGGCGGCAGCGGAGCCGGAGGCAACGGCGGGCCGCGCUUCGUGGAGAACCUGCAGCGCCUGCAGCAGCUGCUGAACGAGGUGCGGGCCGAGGACCUGCGCCUGGUCCCGCGGGGUCCGUCGGCGGUGCCGGGACCGGUGCAGCCGCCCGUGAGCUACAUGCACAUCUGCGAGACGGAGAGCUUCAGCAUGGGCGUCUUCGUGCUGCGCGCCGGCGCCUGCAUCCCGCUCCACGACCACCCGGGCAUGAACGGGCUGCUCAAGGUGCUCUACGGCACGCUGCGCAUCGCCUGCCACGGGCGGGACUGCCACUAUUACCGCCUGCUCGACGGACAGAGCCUGCCCCCGCCGGGCCCCGCCGACCAGCUGGGGCUGCCCAAGGAGGUGUGGCUGCUGGAGACCCCCCAGGCGGCAGACUUCUGGUGUGGGGGCGAGCCUUACCCAGGACCCCAAGUGUCCCCUUGAAAGGGAGCCUCUCAGCUUCACCGCCAGCCCCCCCCCCCGGGCAAGAGUGAACCCCCCUCCCCGGGGCCUGAUCUGCCUACACCACCUUGGUGGAUGGGGUUGGGGACCCACUGGAAGAUGCCAGGAAAGCCACCGUCUCCGGAUGCCGAUCUUUGGGGUUGGAAGGGCAGAGCCUCUCUCAGGCCUCUCCGCUCUCUUGGAUUAAGAGGUGCUACUGCUGCUGCUACACGGAGGAUCUCACAAGCCAGAGUAAUCCUGCCCUCUCCCAGGCCACGUGCUUUCUCGGUAAUAACAACAAUAAUAGCAGCAAAAUAUAUUUUUCACCCACCCAGCUCCUGAACAACACAGUGCUUGUGUUUCACGAGGGCAUCUCGACGUGCCUGGAGUUAGGCCUGCAUGUGCGGCUGCUGCUCUGGCUUGAAGGUCAGCCUCAUCUUGCUGGCUUCAGGAAGAGAAAUCCAUUGGCUAGCUGUCAAGAUGGGCAAGUCUACAGAGGUGGCAUUGAUACUUCAUGAAGAGUUAGAAGAAGACAUUCAAGUCCACAGACUCCCACCUCUCAAAUGGUACCCAUGCUGAUAGUUUUUGUAGGGUGGGCUUUUUGGUUCUCCACCCCAUCCCAAUACCUGGAAGCACAGUAGCAGGCAGGUUGGCAUACAAACUGAGAACCCUUUGUGUAUGGCGGGUGGGGGAGAGGGGAGGGAAUACUGUGGGACUCCCUCUUCAGAUCAGUAGUAUGGGAUGGAGUUGCUUUACUGUGGGCCUGUCUCAGCUGCAGAGAUUUAGAAGAGAAACUGCGUCAUCUGCUCAAGACACAGAAUGUACCCCCACUUUUCCCCCCCUUCAGGGGAAGCCACAUGAUUGGGAGACUGCAGGUGUAACUGAGAAUUCUAUGGGCGAAAAACAUGCAGGUGCUAAAGCAUUUAUUCCUACCAGCUGGUGUGAGGAAAAUACUGUCCAAAAGAUUUCAGGCACCUGAAUGUUCCCCCAACCCAAAGCACUACUCGGAUUCAUUUAGAAAUAAACUUUGGGUUGUGAACCUGCACACACACCCCACCCCUGCUUUUUUACAGCUGAAAAAGAAUAAAGGCAAUAAGAACUCAUUCCUGUUGCUUUUUAAUUACGUGCCCUGCCCUGUGAAAGGUCCAAAUGAUUUUCUGGUAGUUCCCCUGAUGAUUCCUUAGGUUGUCUUUUACAUCAGACCCGGACGUUAUCCUGAUUCUCUCUAGGAUGAAGAUACGAUGGGCUGGAGCCCACAGUAGUUUGGUAUACGGUUUGACUGAAGGUUACAUCACGGGAUGCUUGCAAAUUAGAGAUGAUCCUUAAAAAUACUGAUGUGACGAGGGAAUGCUUUUUAAAUAUUAAAAGUGAGGAAUCCUG